UCUAACCAGUUUCCAUAUUUACAGACAAAACAGUCUCGAAUUUCACCGCAGUACAUAUAUGUAGAAAUAGAGAGCGUUCCUCGGCUAUUCACUUUCAUUUUCAACUGUUAGAACCUUAAAGGAGUAAUUAACCAAAAUAUGAAAGUUAGUUAAAACUUAUAUGACUUUGUUUCCUCAAUGAAAAAUAAAAGAAAAUACUUUAGACAAUGUAUUCACCAUUACCCAUACCAGUAUGGAAUGACAUGAGAACAGAAUUUUAUAUUUUGGGAAAACUAUUCCUUUAAACUUGCUUUAACAUUGGCUGUUAAGCUGAAAUUGUGUUUCAAUUUUUAAAAACAUUUCUGCCAACUUACACAUACUAUUUAAUCUCUUAUCUACGUAAACUGCUAUCCUUCCUCCACCCUUUUUUUUUUGAUCUAUAAAUAUGGGUGUGUUCUUGCCUCACUUGCUCCAUUUCACCUUUUCUUCUCACUUCAUUGUUUUAGAAAAUGGCAGAAUCUGACUAUCUGGACUACACCUGCACCCUCUGCGCAGACACCCACCGAGACCCCGUCACCAUCCCGUGUGGAGACACCUUCUGCCUGGAGUGCAUUAAGAUCUACUGGGACCAUUCUGACCACCUCGGUGUAUAUAGUUGUCCGCAGUGCCAGACGACUUUCACUCCUCGACCCACCCUCAGACGAAACGUGCCCCACGUAGGGAACCCGGAGCCCCGGCGGCCCCCACGUGAGCUCGCCCCGUUUCCAUACUUCAAGCGUGAUGCGCUGUGUGAUUUCUGUACCGGCCGGCGGAACAAAGCAGUCAAAUCGUGCCUGAUGUGUCUGGCUUAUUACUGUGAGACUCACAUCAAACCUCAUUACGAAUCAGCCACAUUUAAACGACACAAACUGGUGGAUGAGACGGGACACCUGGAUCGGAAGAUCUGCCCUCAGCAUGAAAAAGGCUUAGAGCUUUUCUGCCGCUCAGACCAGAUGUGCAUCUGUGUGCUGUGUACAGUAAGAGAACAUCGCAGCCACAACAUAGUCAGCGCAGAUGAUGAGCGCACAGAGAAACAGAAAGUCUUGGUGGCAACACAGACUGAGGUUCAGCAUAUUAUCCAAGAUCGGAUGAAAGAACUUCAAGAACUCAGACACAAUGUGGAUGUUCUAAAGGGAAAUGCACAGCGGGCUCAGACUGACAGUGAUAAAAUCUUCAGCGAGAUGUUACAGGCCGUAGAGCGCUGGCAUGCUGAGAUAAGCCAGCUCAUACAGGCCAACAUACAGGCCUCCAUGGCUCAGGCACAGGGUUACAUAGAGAGACUUGAACAAGAAAUCAUGGAGCUUCAGAAGAGAGAUGCUGAACUACGUCAAAUACUUGAUACCGAGGACAACAUUCAUUUCCUUCAGUAUUUUCCCACGCUAUCUGUUGCACCGGAGCCCAUGGUGCCCAAAGUGCUGAUAAACCCAGAGUUUUCCUUUAGUGAGAUCACCAAGACCGUCUCUGACAUGAAAGAACACCUGGACGACAUCUGCAAAAAAGAGCUGGGAAACAUCUCCAAACGAGUGAGUGACACCUCAGUUUAUAUCCUGAUUCCAAGAUCUGGAGGACGUCUGAAUGCUCCAAUAAGAACUGAUUUGCCAGAACCUAAAACAAGACCGGAUUUCAUCAAAUAUUCUUGUAAACUUACUUUUGAUCUCAACACUGCCUAUAAAGAGCUAGUCCUUUCAGACGGAAAUCGCCGGGUGACCCGGAAAAGAACAACCCAGUUCUACCCAGAUCACCCGGAGCGGUUUGAUGGAUUUUGCCAGAUCCUGUGCAAAGAGCCACUCAGCGGAAUACGCCAUUACUGGGAGGCAGAGUGGAAUGGUGAAUUUUCUAUUGGAGUUGCUUACAAGAGCAUUAGCCGCAAAGGUAAGAACUCAAACAGCCUUCUGGGAUACAAUGAUAAAUCCUGGAGCCUCCUAUGCUCAGACUCAGGAUACUCUGCCUGGCACAAUAAGAUGGAUAAAGAUCUGCCGAGUGCAGCCCGUGGCUCACGGAUCGGUGUGUACCUGGAUUACGCCGGAGGAUCUGUGUCCUUUUACUCUGUGUCUGAAACAAUGGAGCUCAUUCACAGAUUUAAAGCCAAGUUCUCAGAAGCAUUGUAUGCUGGGUUUGGUGUUGGAUCGACUGUAACUCUAUGCAUGCUGGAGAAAAACUAUAGAACAUACCACUAAUAGGUUCUGAGAUUUGACCCGGAGCUCUUUCAGACAAAAUCUUAGAAGGUGAACAGUCAAAAUUUAAGCAUCAUAUUGCAUUGAAGACCACAUUUGGCGGUGCUCUCAGAAAAACAUUUCGAGGUCACAUUUUGCCAUGUAAGAAAGAAAAAAAAAAAUGUAUUAUUUUGCAAAAUAAAAAGUCUAUUAGUAUUUUUUAACAGAAUUGAUCUAAUUUACCUCCCAGCUCUUAUUACUGUAAUUCAAAAUACUGAUAUAUAAUCAGUUAGUAAUUAAAUGAAAACACUAUGAUUACAGACUUGAUUUAAUUUCAUGUCAACCAUUAAAUGCAGCGCUAGAAAUGAGAAUUAUUAAAAUGGAAUGGAAAUGGGACAUUUCUUUGUGAGAUUCCUGAAAUGCAUCAGUAGAUAUGUUAAACAAAACAUCAAAGCUAAUCCAGUCAAGACAAUCCCUUUAUCUUCCUUUUUUUAAUUGUCAUGUUAAAAGCUACAAGCAAUCAAACUUCAAUAAACAUUCUGCAAUCUUUGGGUUUAGAUAAGACAGAAAAUGCAACUACAUCAUUUGAAAAGUGUGUAUUUGAGUGAUUGUGAGCAUGUAAAUAAAAUAAUCCUUCUUGUCA